GCACGAGUCUUCCAUUAACGUUGUCCGUAGAAGACCGCUAUUUGGACUGCUCUAUCUUUAAGCACUACAGUUUUCUGUUGGGCCAGUACGCCCUAGCAACCUUCCCUUUUGGGAAGGAGGGGUGUGUUCUCCAGGUCCUGUAAGUAGUGAUCCCACCCCGCUCCUCUCCCUCCGACACUGGCUCCGCACAGAGGCCGACCCUUAAACUGUUGUCAGUGUGUGCUUAGAUCCUCCUUGGCUCCACACCCUUCCAGUCCUCACCUCCCGACAUCAUCUCAAUGGGGGCCCAAACAGGGCUGCUGUUUUCCCUGUCUUUACUCUGGACUGUGCGCUCAGGGUUUGCUGGUGAACCUUGCAGGGGAUUCAAGCACUUGGAGAAUGGGCGCACGUUCUUUCGCUACAGAGGGCUGUAUGCAACAUUCACCUGCAAUCCAGGGUUUAGGAUCCAUGGCCAUCACACCAGCAGCUGUGUGUCAGGGCAGUGGGUGAGGGAGCCUCCAGUGUGUGUUGCCUCUGGAUGUCCCGGCCCUGGUGAGGUUCAACAUGGCAGCAGUGCUGUGAGUGAGGACCGCUCAUUUGUGGUCUUCAGCUGUGAUGAUGGCUUCAGGCUCUAUGGCAGUUCACUUCUCUACUGCAAGGGCAAGACCUGGAGCGACGCAAAACCUGUAUGCAAAGAGUCUGAUAUUAUGAGCUCUUUUAAACGGAAACCUGUAGUCUUGUCUAGUUCGCAUAAAGAGAAGAGCCUAAGAGCUCCAUCCAAUCUGAAAGACCAUUUCAAAUCUCACUACAACACUGCCUCUAAGGAUGCCUACCUCCAGCCUGGCCUGCUGGUUGCUUCCUUCCCCAAGUCCCACCUCUCUGGAGGACUGCUGGUGAAGCCCAAAAUGGCACCACUACAGAGGAAACCUGUGAAGAAGCAUUGGCUUCAGAAAGCUGCAGCACACAGUGAGUUGGCCCCUGAGGUCCACGAGAAUCUGGAAGCCACUGAGAAACUUGCCCGAUCUCAGGAGACGGUUACCACGGUUACCACUGCUGGUGUCACGACACCUGGCUCCAUUUCAGCCUCGUCCACAAUGAGACCUCCUGUGCUGACAACCACGGACACCAGGUUCACAGAAUACAAAAUGGAUGGCGAGGCACCUAAACCAGUGUUCCUUUCUGAUCCAACAAGGGCUGAUGUACAUCUGGAAAACAGAAGUAAAGAGAAGGAUCUCUCAUCUCCCACAGAAUCAGUCAUCAAAGGCCCACCAGAAUCCCACACCGUUGGAUACCCAUUUGAGGGUUCAAGAACUUCACAACAGACUGAAGUAUCUGAUCAGUUUCUGAAUACAAGAACAACAGUCAUACUCGGUACAUCAAUACCACAUCUGAAUUUGAAUGUUAUGUCUGUAACCAGUACCUCUGCUUAUCUAGAAUCUACCAUGGAUGAACAAAAUGAAUACCCCAAAAAUCGUCCUGUUUAUCCUUAUAGUCAGGACCGCAUAACUGGGGGAGUAAAUAAAAAGGCCAUUUCAGUGCAGAGUACCACAGAUCAUCCUCAUAUGCUGGACAGACAACAGACUCUUCCUGAAAACAAGCAAACUCCACUCAGUUUAGGUGACCAGCCACCUGUGCUGCUAAUUGCAGAGAAUUCUACAGAAAGCACCGAACACGAGGACCCAAAAGAGCUGUGGGAGACCCCAGUGGAAACCGAAAAGUCCUAUAAAGGGAACGAGGGAGUCACACAGGUUGCAGUGACCAGCGCUGAGAGCCAAGCUUCUCUGCUGCAUCCUGCCUCUGCAGGUGUUACGCCCUCUGUUCCUCCAACGGCCCCCGGGCCGACCCCAGGCCUACCCCCAUCCUCCUCACAGCCCGCCCCGAGCGGCAGCAGCACGACGCAGCCCGUCAGAUCCGUCCUCACUGAUCCAGAUGAUGAAGGGCUCAGAGUGCGGGGGCUUUCACCAGCAGAGGCCAGAUGGGAUUUCCAGCCCCUGGUUGAGGCGGCGCAGGCGAGGGCCACCCAUCUGGAGCGGGUCCAGCGAGUGACGGAGGCAGCAGAUGUGACACACGCAUCACCCCUGAGACUUGCUCAUCAACAGCCACACAUGCAGAGCACCACCCCAAGUGCGAACGUGCUAAUUGCCCAGGCCACACACGCAGACAGCCCCGAGAGGAGCAUGGAGGCUCCCUCAAGCUUUGGCCCCAAACAUGGCCAUGAAGAAUCCCAUCUACCUACACAGGACCCCAUUACUGUGACUCCACUGGACUUGUUACGUAGACUGCAAACACUCCCAACCAGAAGUGAUGACAGCCAAACAAAUGUAACAUACAGUCUGGCUUUUCCUAGCACUGGAGAAACGCCAAGUUUUACACCCUCUCCUUCCACCAAAGCCCGUCCAUCUGAGCUGCCAAUCAGAAAACGGAGGCCAGUGUGUCCAUACCCUCCUCUGCCCGCCCACGGAACCUUCUAUUUCCGUACGAUAGAGAAGCCGGCCCCGCUGCAGUACAAGCAUUACAUUCAGUAUGCUUGUUACCCUGGUUACACGCUGGCCAAUGGGGACGUUUACAGCUACUGCCAACAGAACGGUACAUGGAGUGGCAUCACACCAGCAUGCCUGGAGGUCACGCCCUGCUCCCUGAAUAACGGCGGCUGCUCUCAGGUCUGCAGCGCGGGGCCGCCGGGGCCGCACCACCGGGCCCAGUGCCAGUGCAAACAGGGCUUCAUGCUGCUGGAGGACCUGCGCACCUGCAGAGAUAUAGAUGAGUGCGUAGAGGAGCGCCACCGGUGCGUGCAGGCUUGUGUCAACACGCUCGGCUCCUUCAGGUGCAGCUGUAGAACAGGGUUUCAGCUGAACACGGAUGGAAAGACCUGCAUGGUCUUGAAUAGUCUUGGCUCUGUAAAUGGGAAACAAAUUGGCUCAGACUGACUGGCACAUUGCUUCAGAAGCAUGGAAGGAAGAGGUGUCAUUUGAUUGGCUGCUGAGGUCAAAUAUCAACAACCUUUUGCCAAAAUGUACUACUUUUUAGUGGAGCAGAUAUUUGAUUCAACUCUAGACCCUCAGAUGGCCUACUCUAUGAACAUUUCAGUGAGUGUUAUGGAUGUGGACAGUGACCAGCAUGCACAAGACUUGCUUUUCAGGGACUAAAUGAUGGAUUGUGCAUGCUAAUCUGCAUACUCCGCUGAAAAGAAGUUAAGUGCAUUACUGAAUUUAUGGCAGCGCACAGUAUACAUUACUGAAAGCAACAGAGGCUACCAGACGGUCAAGGUAGUGAGAAACCUAGUUUGUGAUGACAUUCUAUGGCCCUAGCCCUGUGAAUGAGGCCCUCUGGUUUGUGAUGCCUUCUUGGCAGACACCAGUGAAUGUGUGGAGUCGGGGCAGCCGGCGUGCGAGUGGAAGUGUGUAAAUCUGUCAGGAUCUCACCACUGCAUCUGCCCGAG